AUGAAAGGUUUGGAUAAUGCUAGUUGUAAGUUAUGUAGUAAUGCUUGUGAAACUACUCUGCAUGCCAUAAGGGAAUGUCCUAAAGUUAUAAAUAUUUGGAAGAGAAUCAUUCAGAGUAGUAUUUACAAUGAUUUCUUCUACUUGGAUCUUCAGAAAUGGAUUAAAGUUAACCUAAAGUUUCAUGGAUACGGUAUCAAGUUGUGGAGCGUUGUGUGGGCUAUCGUGUGUCAUCAAAUUUGGAUGUGGAGAAAUAAGGAAGAACAUGAUGACUUUUAUUUGAGACCAAGCGAGCUAGCUCUUUACAUUUUACAAAGAAGAAAGGAUUAUGAGCAUACAAAGAAUCUAACGAUGCAAGUGACGAGGAAUGGAGUGAGGAGUAAGAACAUUGAGUGGAGGCCGCCUACGGAUAAUAUGGUAAAGCUCAAUUCAAAUAGACCUGGCAAAGAGGAUAAUAUAGUUGCUUAUGGGGAGUUAUUAGAUAUGAGAGAGGUGAUUGGAUCAGUGGUUUCUCCAAGCACUUGGGGCACUACAGCGCAAUGGUGGAAAAAUUUUAAAGUAUUUAUGAAGGGAUCAAACUUAGUUAAAGGUUAG